UAUCGUGGGAAUGUAGUUUUUAACAGUCACAACUCCAAAUAGGUGUUAUUUACAUAGUCAAAUAUUGUCUUACGAACAAUGCAUUGGAAGUGUCAUUUGGUUCAGUCGAUAUCUAGCUCACCGGUUAUUUCAUACGUCUGAUAUUAUGGACAUAUUUGGGCGUUUUGUUGUGAAUCUGCUCUUCCGUGGUGCUAGCCAGUCAGGUAGCUAGCUAGUUAGCUAAAUUACUCAACCAGUGUCACUUCAGGGAAAUGUGUUUCUUGUGACACAACGGAAACAUAAUUUCACAGUGGUUCACAAACAAGAGUUGGUCCUUUAUUGUCGUGUUAAUCGAAGGCCCGUCUUAUACAGGAUUCCUCCGAAAUUUGGCCUGCUUUCGAAGAGUCGCGAUGCUGAACGUCCCAUCCCAGUCGUUCCCUGCAGCCAGCUCUCAGCAGCGUGUUGCUCCAGCCGGUCAGUCCGGCAGGAACAAGGUAGCAUUGAAGCCUGGCCACAGUCUGAUGGACUGGAUCCGUGUGGCUAAGAGUGGCCGGGAUCUGACAGGGCUGAGAGGCAGACUCAUAGACGUCACAGAGGAGGAGCUGCAGAAACACAACACACGGGACGACUGCUGGACCUGCAUACGAGGCAUGGUUUAUAAUGUGAGCCCCUACAUGGAGUACCACCCUGGAGGAGAAGAGGAACUUAUGAAGGCAGCUGGGAUAGACGGAACAGACCUUUUUGACCAGGUCCACAGGUGGGUAAACUAUGAGUCCAUGCUAAAGGAGUGUCUGGUAGGGAGGAUGGCUGUGAAGGCCAGCACUGCUCUCAAAGCUCAAUCGGUAAAAAAGGACAGCAUCACUCAUUUGAAUGGUCUAGCCCCUCCUCCUCCCCCCACCUCCAUGCUCCCUCCUGCUUUCCUCACCCCUCCCUCACCCUCCUCAGCCGCCCCGCCACCACCCCAACCCAAAGACGCCCGGCCCAGGUAUGACUGGUUUCAAACUGAUGUCACGGUCAAUAUUGUGGUUUACACCAAACGGAAGCUCCCCAGCUCUGGCUGUACCAUAGUUGACCUGCAAGAUGGUGUUCUACGGGUGGAAGUUCUUCUGGGGAAAAUGUCCUACAUGCUGUGUCAACGUCUAGCCCAAGAAGUAGAGAGAAGCGUUGCUGUCCAGACAGCCUGUGCUGUGGGGAAGAUUCAGGUCAGCAUGCGUAAAGCAGCCAAAGGAAAGUGGGAGGAGCUUGGUGAACCACUGGAAUUCCAUGAUUCUCUUUUCAGGAAGAAAGAUCGAGCGAUCUUCUACAGGGAGUGUAUGUUAGUUUCUAAGACAGAGGUCACACAUGACACAUGGGUGUUCCGGUUACAACUCCCUCUAGGGACGCUCAUGCACGUGCCUGUUGGGAAACACAUCUACCUCAAGGCCCUCAUCCAAGACAGUGAGGUGGUGAAGCCCUACACGCCGGUCGAGGAAACACUGGUACCAGCUACACAGGACUCUACACAGGGGACCGCAGCCACUGACGUCUUCCUCAUGAUCAAAGUCUACCCAGAUGGAGUGUUGACUCCACACCUAAACAACCUCAACAUCGGUGACCACCUGUCUGUCAGCAGCCCGGAUGGUCCGUUCAGUCUCCGCCUCCUGCGUGAGGUCACUCACCUCUACCUUUUAGCAGCCGGCACGGGGUUCACACCCAUGGCUCGGGUGAUCCGAUUGGCCCUCCAGGACCUGGGCUCACUCAGGAAAACCAAGCUGAUGUUCUUCAACCGACAAGAAAGAGACAUCCUGUGGCACUCUGAACUUGACAGCCUUGCUGCUAAAGAUGAGAGGUUCCAGGUGGAGUAUGUUCUGUCAGAGCCAUGUGAUGGGUGGACAGGCAGGAAGGGGCGAGUUGAGGCCUCCAUGCUGACUGACUUCCUGGUUAGGCCUGAGGGCUCAAAGGUCUUUGUGUGUGUGUGUGGCCCCUCAGCCUUCACCGAGCUGACUGUGGGGUUGGUGAGACAGUAUUGUUUCAGUGAUGAGGAGAUUCAUGCGUUCCAGGGCUGAUUAUGGAGUGUCAGACUCAGACCUGACAUAUCUCAACCUCACAGCCUGAGGUGUCAACGGGACAUUGUGUGAGAGCGACGUGUGUGUGUGAGAGAGAGAAGACACAGGGUGUGAGAGAAAAUAGAUGUUGUUAGGCCACCGGCAAAUGUGUUUUUUGGAACAAUGUCUUUCUAUGCACUGUAGACUGAACUGAUGGACCUGACUCCUGUGGUUAGCAGCGAUGCCAGAGACCCACAGAGGCUCUUUGAGGCUGGAAGGAAAGCAGCUCUGUCUCUGUCUCUCGCUCUCUGUGUGUGUGUCUGCCUCACUCUCUCUGUCUCUCUCUCUGGUGCUUUGAAACACAGAUGGACAGUCAUUCUCUCUGGUCGCUAAGGACGUGAACGCUGGGCUCUCUGAGCUGGUGAAUCACACACAAAGGAUGAAUGGCCAAUUACCCAGCAGCACUGAAACCUCAGGUCAACAUCUUCAGCUCACUGUCUGUCUCUCUCUGUACCAGAGUUCUUUGAACAGUCCUGUCCUUGUACACUCCUCUGCUCUGACCACAGAGAGAGAGGUCUGGGGUUGUUUAUGAGACGUCACUACCAUGUCUUACAACAUCUCAAUCUAUCUCCCAGUCCACUCACACCCGCUACAUUGUGAUGUUAUCUUUGCUGUCGGUCCUCCCAAAAAGCAAGACUUUGUGAGCGUUUCAUUAGCUCUGAUCAAUACAUCUUCCUUUUGUUUAAGAAGUAAUGAGAAUUUCCAACCUGCUGUUGGCAUAUUAGACAUCUUCCUACAGAGAGUUAUUAUUCUUCAGCUAGUUGCUAUGGCUGUGCUGCUGCUGUUGCCUCUGGUCUGUUCUGCAGCCUGUGGUUCUGUUUGAGAGAGACUGAUGGUUAAGCAGACCAGUCUUCAGAAUCAGUACAUUUACUCUCUCUUUCUUUCUCUCUCUCACAGGUUGAUGUUGUAGUACUCACAGUAGGUGAUGCAUACCAAUGGGAAUACAUUACGCAAUACAUUACACACCUACGUAAAUGUAUUUAAUUAAUUAAUUUAAUUAUAUUUGUAUUAAAUGUAUUUAUUUAAUUAAUUCAUGAAUACCUAAAGCCCACAGUGAUCUGAUUUAAGUGCUUGGCGUUUGAUGCAGUUAAAUUAUUCUAAAAUGCGUCAGAGAACCCUUUAUUCUCUCUCACUCUUGUGAAAUACAUGAGGUUGGUAAGACACCAACUAGAUGUGCUGCUAAGUAAUGCAGCUCACAAUCAUCCAGUUUUUUCCUUGUGGAACAUCAAACUGCCAGACAGAACUAUGUCAAUCCUGCAAAGUUUGUCUAAGCUAUGAGUGCUCACUCUGGUAAGAUGUAGCUCAUCUAUUAACCUAAUGAGAGAGGCUCUUAUCUGGACGUUUCCAGCUGCAGUCAUCCAUCUGCCUCUUUACAUGUAUCCUUUCAGACAUCAUUACUGAAUCAAUCUGGGUGAAAAUGGAACGAAAUGUCCAUAAAAUUCAAGUUGUGUUUUCAUGAAGUCUAGGAGAUGUCGUUUGGAGGAAGAGUAUUUUAUAUUGGACAUUGGUAUAUAGAAAGGAUGUCCAUGUGAUCUUCGCCUUUUUACAAUUAUGUCUCUAAUUUGUACUCUGUAGGAAGGUGGAAGGUACCAUUUAUAAACCUUACCCUGCGUGGUAUUUACUUUUUAAUAACAUGAAAGUACAUCAUGUCAUGGUACAUUUGUUCCUUUUUCACACAAAAUGAAUUGCAGCAUUUCUUACCACUGAACAUAAGUAUUUCAAAGAUCACACCUGUCAACGUAACACACAUGGCCAUGCUACGUGCAAUACUAUAACAGUUACACUUCUAUGGAUGAAGACUACUUGAUGAAAGUACCAGUUUAUUUUUGACAGGCGAAACAAUGACUGAAAUGUCUUGGGUUCUGGUUAUAAAGAAAUACAGGAGCUGAUUAUUUAGAUUGAGCUUCACUUGGUUUUGUAGCUCAUCUAAUCUUGAUCUAACCAGAUAUAUUUUAAUGCAUAUCCAGCUUUGUACAUCAUGCACAUUAUAACUUAACAUGUCAAUCAUAUGAGCUGUCCUGAAGCAAAUUAAAAGAUGCACUAAACGUUUUUGUUGUGUUAAGAUUUGGAGACCUGGUUGUAUUGUGUUCAGUUGUUUCUGGCUGAAAUGUACUACAGUAAAUUCAUUAAUUAAAUCAUUCACCUUAGGGAAGAGGCAA